ACGACAACUUCUUUUUCUUCUCUCUUCCUCCUCUCUCUACCUUUCACUUACUACCCUAUCCCUUGAUUAUCAUCACCACCCCCUGGGCCUGUUUGUUCCUUCUUUCUUUACCUUCAAACUGCCACAGCUCCCCUAAUUCGCUUUUUCUGUCCUUUCUUCCUUUCUACAUCUACUAAUAAUGAUCUUCAAAUCGUUCAUUUCUACUUCCACAGCCGUUAUGGCUUUCGUUUCGGGUAUCGCUGCGACUAUGGCGCCUAAUUACCCUGGGCCCGGCACUAUUUGGACUGCCGGCAAACAAUACACUCUCACCUGGGCUGAUGAUGGUAGCUCGCCCAGCAUGAACGAGACCUGGACGAACUUCAAGAUUGACUUUAUGACUGGAGACAACACCAACAUGGUUCUCUUGGAGAAUGUUGCCUCAGGAUUGGACGCAAGCACCGCAUCCUCUUACACGUGGACUGCUCCACAAGUUGAUCCUUACUCCGCAGUCUACUUUUUCCAAUACACCAACGAUGCUGGCGCGGCUGCAUGGACCACUCGCUUUGCCAUCGUCGCUCAGGAUGGCGAUACUCCCACUGCUGAGCCCCAACAGACUCAGCCCGGCGGUGAGGCCAUUCCAUGGGGUACUGGUAAAUUAGCCAGCGGCGUUGCUGCUUCGUCUAGUGCUGCCUCUUCUCCUGCAGUAGAGUCUUCUCCUGCUCCUGCAAGCAGCUCCGUUGCUGCUAGCAGCAGCAGCAGCCCUGCUUCCUCCAGCAGUGAUGAUGCUCAGAGCUCGCCUGCCUCGACAUCUUCGGGUGUUCCCGCAUCUGCCGAUUCCGAUGAAGUCGCUGACGAUAACGCUGCUGGAUCCACCCGUGCUUCGCUUGGUGCCAUGGUCGUUGGCUUGGUUGCUGCUGGCUAUGCUCUUGCUUAAAUCCAACAUAAUAGGUUAUUUUGUGUUCUGUGUUGUAGACGUUGACGUUGUGUGUACUAGUACUCUAAAUUAUUAUUGUCGUGUAUACUCCCGCUACCUCUCACUCCCUUCCAUCACUGUUACUAAUACUACCUACUACUACCCUCUAUUAUCCACCAUUAUCCACCAUCUAUUUUCGAUCGUCCCUUUCCCUCCUAUUUCAGCUUCCUUUUUUUUUUGUUUUUGGCAAAAAGCCGAGGAAAAACAAACACACAAAUUCAAAACGCUUCCUCAGUCAAAAUACACAGCAAUUAAUUUAUCAGAUAACUUAACUUAACUCAAUUUCAAUAUAAAC